UGGAGGUUGCACUUCAGAAGAGUCUGUUGAUUAUGUGCUUGAUAUUAUCGCCGAGGUAUCUUUUUGUAUUUUUCUGCCGGGGAUGGGCCAGAUUGGGAAGGGCGGUACGAGGGUGAGACUUGGCGUUGGUGUUUUGGAACAUCAAAGAUGGACAGGGUUUUCGCGGAGGUCGCUCCUCGGAUAUCUCCACAACUACAGGUCGGGGGUCUUCCAAAAUCGAGAAGAUUGGUGCAUAUGGCUAGGUCACUUCACCUUACAAUUUGUAUGGCACUCUGGCCCGGGGUUGUGGUGUGGUAGGGGAGAACGGGGGAUAAUCCCACACAGGAGCUUCGAACAACGUCCGGUUCACGUUUGGCUGGAUAACUCCACCACCACACGGGGUAUGCGGUCGGCGAUGGGGUCAAAAUGCUCGUAUGAUCGAGGGCUUUUCGAUGGAUCUAUCGGCGGGUUCUUAUUCGAAAAAUCGAGCGAGUUCGUGGUGGAGCGGUUGUUCUCAUGA